UCAGGAAGGUACCAACAUGUAUGCGUAACUUGCAUUCGUGGUACCUUAAGGCCUCAAAGGAAGGGAUCGAGACUAUCAUGGUGCGAGUUAGGGAAGAGCACUACUUCCAGGAGUACUGUGUGAACGUUGACUUCGCCGAACUCUUUCAGUUAUACAAUCUCCGGGCCCUCGACAAAUCAAUCAUCAGUUGCUAUUGUCUAUCGAAGAUGCUCGAAUGCAAAAGGGACGAUAUCACAGACAUUGGGUUCAUUGACCCGCACACAAUGCAUGUUAAAACCAUAGAGAAUCCCCUCUAUAACAAGGAUACACCGCAGACUUUGCUAAGGUUUUUGAAGCGACAACGUGACAAAAAGCUAAUACUUUGGCCUUACAACUUCGAGUGAGUCUUACUGUCUUAUAACACAUUAUAUUUUGCUCACCGUAUGUCAAAAUUUUAACUAAUGA